AUGUCGCCGCGAGAUGAGCUAGAGUACCUCAAGUCCCUCGUUACCCAGCUCAACGACAAAAUACACGAAUUGGAGAAAAAGGCAAAGUCAGCGGUUACCGGCACUCCUCCACCCGCUCGUCAGUUGCGCACCAUUCUCGUUGGACCGCCUGGCGCUGGCAAGGGUACACAAGCCCCCCGGAUACGAGAUGAAUUCUGUGUCUGCCAUUUGGCAACCGGUGACAUGCUUCGUGAACAAGUAGCCCAAAAAACUCCCCUCGGUGUUGAGGCAAAGAAGAUCAUGGAUGCUGGAGGCUUGGUCUCGGAUGAUAUCAUGGUUGGGAUCAUUAAGGACCAGCUGGAGAAUAACAAGGCUUGCAAGAAUGGCUUCGUCCUGGAUGGCUUUCCUCGCACGGUUCCUCAGGCUCAAAAGCUCGACGGAAUGCUGGAAUCGCGUAAAGAAAAGCUCGACUCUGUCGUCCAGUUAUUAAUUGAUGAUCAACUCCUCAUUUCGCGUAUCACCGGCCGCCUGAUACAUCCCUCCAGCGGGCGAACCUAUCACAGGGAGUUCAACCCACCGAAAAAGUCAAUGGUCGACGAUGUCUCUGGGGAGCCCCUCAUCCAGCGUUCGGACGACAAUGUCGAAACUCUCCGAAAGCGCCUCUCCGCCUUCCACAGCCAAACUGGCCCCGUGAUCGAGUAUUACAAGAACAAAGGUCUUUGGCACGGAAUCGAUGCUGCUCAAUCACCAAGUGUCGUCUGGGAUAACCUUCGUAAGGUAUUCGCUGGGAAGCAGUAG